AUGGUAUCAGAGCGUCGGCCGAUCAGCUACGCCGCCGCAGUCACUGCUCCAGGAGGAUCUAGCCAGGGAGCACAUCCGGCAUCUCCGAUCGUCAACUCUCCUGCACGGUCUUCGCCGUUAAUCAAUGAACAAGGAGUUCACGUUCCGCAGAGGAACAUUAUCGAGGAUGUUGAUAAUCCUCUGUAUUUGAACAGCACUGAAAAUGCUAAUGCUAUUCUCGUUAGUCCUCUACUAACUGGCAGUGAGAAUUAUAGCUCAUGGAGCAUCUCCAUGCAAGUAGCCCUUGAGGUCAAAAACAAAUGGAAGAUAGUUGAUGGUAGCAUUUCGAAACCAGAGAGGACUCAUAGUCAGUACGGCAGCUGGAGAAGAUGCAACCUAAUUGUCAAAUCGUGGAUAUUGAAAUCAGUCCAUCCAACCAAAGCGCAAAGCGUGAUUUAUAUAGAUGAGGCUAAUGCAAUUUGGACUGAUCUGAGAAGGAGAUUUUCGCAAAAGGAUCCGCAUCGGAUUUCAUCUCUGCAGAAUCAGAUCUAUGAGUUGAGGCAAGGAAAUAUGUCAAUUAACGAUUACUAUACUAAAUGCCGCAUACUCUGGGAGGAGAUGAACGCUCUCAGACCACUUCCAGUCUGCAAAUGCACGCCGCGAUGUUCUUGUGGUUUGGUGGAUGAGAUCAGGAAGGAUCGAGAAGUUGAUCAAGUCAUAAGGUUUCUGCAAGGCAGGGCCGGUCCUAUCAAUUUAUAG